AUUUACAGUCUCUUUCCUUGGCCUUUUCUUAAUGGCAAAUGGCAACGCUUUUCUCUCUCUCUAGAAUUUUCCAUGGCUGUGGUAGGGUGAAGUGGGGUUAGUCAUUGCAUUAGCAGUUUUAGAUUUGAAGCUUUUAACUUUCUAGAUUUUUGAUGAUUUUAAGAGAGACCAGAGAGAGAGAGAAGCUAUGAUGCAUUAAAAUCCCUAAAUCAGAAAUUGAGCACAACGUGUUCGAUGAAAAGAUUCAUUCAAUAACAAGCUCAAAAACUGAUUCACCAAACAACCCUUAAUUCCCUCUCUCUCUCUCUCUCUUGCAUGGAACUGACAAUAUCUAACCAAGGCGGCGGCGUGCAGAGAGACUACAGGAGGGGGAACUGGAGCCUCGAAGAAACGAUGAUCCUAAUCGAGGCGAAAAGGAUGGACGACGAGCGGCGGAUGAAGCGGCUUGGCGAUGCUGCGAAGCCGGCCGAGCUGCGGUGGAAAUGGGUGGAGGACUACUGCUGGAGAAGGGGGUGCUUCCGCAGCCAGAAUCAGUGCAACGACAAGUGGGACAAUCUGAUGAGGGAUUUCAAGAAAAUCAGAGAAUUCGAGCGGAGAGAGGAAAGGAAUUCGUAUUGGAAAAUGGAGAGAAGCGAGAGGAAAGACAGCAAUUUGCCUUCAAACAUGCUGCUGCAGAUAUACGAAGCGCUCGUCGCGGCGGUGGAGAGGAAAGGCCAACCAACCGGUGUGGAGAAAUCUACCGGACAAUUUUUGCACUCAACGGUCCAUCCUAUGCUUCGCUCUCCGAUGAUUCCUCAAUCUCCGGCGGCUCAGCCAUUGCCCACACUAGAUUCCGGCUCGCAAUCAAAAAGAAGGCGACUAGGAGGAGGCGAAGGCGAAGGGGGAGAAGGAACGAGUGGCACGACCGCGACUACAUUGCAAGAAGUAGGGUAUGAGAUAUCAAGGAGUGCUUCGAUCAUAGCUGAGGCAAUUCAAUCAUGUGAGAAUAGGGAGGAUGAAAGGCACAAAGAAAUGGCGAGUUUAUACAAAAGAAGGCUGCAGAUUGAGGAAUCAAAGGCUGAGAUCAAUCGACGAGGCAUCAACGGCCUAAUCGAUGCCAUUAACAAGCUAGCUAAUUCCAUGCUUGCUUUGGCAGCCAAUACAACCCAACCCUCUUCCAAAUAAUCAUUUCGUUAAUUGAUGAUUAAUUCUUAUAAUUUAUAUAGUAUGUAUAGUCAUUGCAAUAAAUAUUGCAUAGAUCUAGAGAUAGAGGGCCGUUUCGGUUAUCAUGGUUAUUUGCAAAUAUCUUGCGUAAUCUUAUCUCUUGUUCGAUUGAAUUUUCUCAAAA